GGCACAUUCUUCGAUGAGGUCCGUUGUGGAGCGCUGCAUUGGGCUGUUGAAGAGCAGAUUCCGGUGUCUGCAAGGGCACCGGGCUCUGUUUUAUCAUCCCACAACAGCCACCGUCAUUAUAUCGGCGUGUGCAGUGCUCCACAAUAUCUGCCUUUCAUCGAAUGAGCCAGAACCGGAGCCAGACUCUGACCCUGACGAGCCAGGGUUGGAGUCUGGGCCGAGCUCGGACGGUUCUGAGUCGAGCUCGGAGGGGUCAGCGGCGGAUGACGAGAGGCCGGCUCCUGCCCACCCUCGGGUCAGCCUCUCGGACAGGGGGAGGGCUCUGAGGCAGUGCCUUGUUGCCCAGUUCCAAACCUGCCACAGCCGUGCCGCUCCGGAGCCCCACGCAAGCCACGGUGGCAGUCCCGCCCACCAGGGACACCACCAGCGCCAAGGAGUCCGUCGCCACAACGGAAGUCCUGCCCAUCAGGGACACCGUCGGCGGCAGGGAGCCCCUCAUCGUCCUCGCCACGGUGGUACUCCCGCACACCAGGGACGCCACCGGCGACAGCGAACCCUUCGUCGUCCUCGCCUCAACUGACGCCCUCGCCACCAGAGAAGCCCUCCCCGUGGCAGUAUGUACUGCACUUGUUGUUCCACAGUCAUGGCCGUCCAUAAGCUCCACAGUGUCAACUCCGCCUUGCAGUUCGUCGCACAACCACCAUGCUACCUUUACGGACAUUUAGUACUGCCUCCGAAAAGCUUUUCGGUGCAUCACAGUUAUGUUGA